GUAGUUUAAGCCACCGUUUCGACACUAGAAUUCAGUUUCAAUGGAGCUUCAGAGCCCUUUCACCUCGUUCCUUUGCGCUCGAAGCCCCUCAAAUGCCCUAAUUUCUCGACCCUUUUGCCCUAGAAACAGACCAUUCUUCAGCAACAAAACCAGGUCUCUUUCUUCCUCUUCUUCUUCUUCUUCUUCUUCUUCUCCUGCUUCUUCUGUGAUUUCUGAAAUUCCAACUCACAAGGUCACUGUUCAUGAUCGGCAAAGAGGGGUAGUUCAUGAGUUUCUGGUACCUGAGGACCAAUAUAUACUGCACACUGCUGAGUCUCAAAACAUAACUUUGCCGUUUGCUUGCAGACAUGGUUGUUGUACAAGCUGUGCAGUUCGAGUAAGAUCUGGACAGAUACGACAGCCCGAGGCCCUUGGAAUAUCAGCUGAACUGCAAUCCAAGGGUUAUGCAUUACUUUGUGUUGGUUUCCCAUCUUCUGAUGUUGAAGUUGAAACCCAAGACGAGGAUGAGGUUUAUUGGCUCCAAUUUGGAAGAUAUUUUGCCCGAGGGCCUAUUGAAAGGGAUGACUAUGCAUUGGAACUAGCCAUGGGUGAUGAGUAAUCAGAGAAGCCUGGCCAUGUUUUUGUCCAUUUAUAUCCAUUAACAAUUUAACAAUAUUUUGUAUGUUGUCUAUUAUCUAAAUGCUGGCUGAAGUACCAUGUUGUCACCUUUCUCUGAGCAUCUUGGCUCUUUUAACUUUUCUAGUUUCUUUCAUGGCUGCAUUUUUACA